GCGAGUGCGCCAAGCUGCAUGCUCCCUCAGCUUCCGUUUCCGGUCUGACGUUUAGCCUCCGUUAGUCCCGGUGCUGUAAACAGUAAGCCAGGGAGGAAGUUACAUACGGCAAGCGGCUGUGGGAUCAGAGCGUCCUCCACCGCGUGAGAACAUGUCUCUUUCAAGGCGGGAGCUCGAUGACCUAAAGCCAUGGAUAGAGAAAACGGUCAAGGGAGUCCUGGGCUUCUCGGAGCCCACCGUCGUCACGGCUGCCCUGAACUGCGUGGGCAAGGGCAUGGACAAGAAGAAGGCUGCGGAUCAUCUGAAACCCUUUCUAGAUGACUCCACUCCGCGUUUUGUUGACAAGCUUUAUGACGCUGUCAGGGAAAGUCGGGGUUCCCGGCACUCCCGAUCCAGCAGUGACAAAAGCAGGAAGCGGGAAAUUAAGGAAGCGUUUGGAGAUGAUCAAGGUCAUGGCAAGGAUUCGAAUUCAAAGAAAAAGCGCGUCCCACGCUUUGAAGAAGUGGAGGAGCCGGAGGUGAUUCCCGGCCCCCCGACUGAGAGCCCAGGAAUGCUGACCAAGCUGCAGAUUAAGCAGAUGAUGGAAGCCGCCACCCGGCAGAUAGAAGAGAGGAAAAAACAGCUGAGCUUCGUCAGUCCUCCUGCAGUGCCUAAGGUUUCCUCCACCCAAUCCGACCGUUCCGCCAUUGGGAACACAAUCCAACCUUCCCAAGCUGCCACCUUCAUGAAUGAUGCCAUUGAAAAAGCCAGGAAAGCCGCUGAGCUUCAAGCAAGGAUCCAAUCACAACUUGCCCUAAAGCCCGGUCUCAUCGGAAAUACCAAUAUGGUUGGCUUGGCCAGCCUUCAUGCCAUGGGAAUUGCCCCUCCGAAAGUUGAACUAAAGGACCAGACAAAACCCACCCCUCUUAUUCUGGAUGACCAGGGUCGCACCGUAGACGCCACAGGGAAAGAGAUCGAGCUGACCCAUCGCAUGCCCACACUGAAAGCCAACAUCCGAGCCGUGAAAAGGGAGCAGUUCAAACAACAGCUGAAGGAAAAACCCUCAGAAGACUUGGAGUCUAACACUUUCUUUGACCCUCGCGUGACCAUCCCCUCUUCGCAACGCACAAAACGUUCCUUUAAGUUCCACGAUAAAGGGAAAUUUGAGAAAAUUGCUCAGAGAUUAAGGACAAAGGCUCAGCUAGAAAAACUACAAGCUGAAAUAUCUCAGGCAGCCAAGAAAACUGGUAUCCAGACAUCCACCCGACUGGCACUCAUCGCGCCCAAAAAAGAGAUCAAGGAAGGAGAAAUACCAGAUCUUGAGUGGUGGGACUCAUUCAUUCUCCCCAAUGGAAUUGACCUGAAACCAGAAGCCUUAGCCGUGCGGAAAGAUUUCCAUGGAAUCACUAAUCUUGUGGAGCAUCCUGCUCAGCUCAGCCCUCCAGUUGACAAGGAUGCCCCAGUUACCCUCGGGGUUUAUCUAACCAAAAAGGAGCAGAAGAAACUUCGCCGCCAGACAAGAAGGGAAGGACAGAAGGAAUUGCAGGAGAAAGUAAGAUUAGGACUAAUGCCCCCACCAGAACCCAAAGUGCGAAUAUCCAAUUUAAUGCGUGUUUUGGGCACGGAGGCAAUACAGGACCCUACAAAAGUAGAGGCCCAUGUCCGGGCACAGAUGGCGAAGCGCCAGAAGGCUCAUGAAGAGGCCAAUGCAGCCAGAAAACUAACAGCGGAGCAAAGGAAGGAGAAGAAAGUAAAAAAGUUAAAGGAAGAUAUCACACAAGGGGUCCACGUAGCUGUAUAUAGUAUUCGCAAUUUAACAAACCCAUCCAAAAAGUUCAAGAUUGAAGCCAACGCCAACCAGCUGUACCUGACAGGGGUAGUUGUAUUACACAGAGAUGCUAAUGUGGUCGUAGUGGAAGGAGGACCCAAAUCGCAAAAGAAAUUUAAGCGUCUGAUGCUGAGCCGGAUAAAAUGGGACGAGCAGACGUCAAAUGCCAGGGCAGGUGAUGAUGACGAGUCAGAUGAGGAAAGUGUAAAAAAGUCCAACAAGUGCUCUUUAGUGUGGGAGGGAACGGCCAAAGAACGCAGUUUCGGGGACAUAAAAUUCAAGCAGUGCCCCACAGAGAACAUGGCCCGGGAACAUUUUAAGAAGCACGGGGCCGAGCACUACUGGGACCUGGCACUGAGUCAAUCUGUUUUGGAAACUGCAGACUGAGCUCCGUUUUUUGGGGAUUUUAUGCCACCGAUAGAUUUACCGAGGUUGUACUUCCCCCACCCCCCUCAAAAAAAACAAAAAACGAGACAGGACUUCAGACUGUGGAUAGUCGGAUCUCCUUACACUCUCCUGAGGGGCGUCCAGAUCCCCCUUCUCCGGACUAUGA